UAUAAAAUGGUAAUUUUACCCUCUAGAGAAAAUAAUUACAUCCACCCGGUGAACAAAAUAACAAAACAAAUCGAAAAUAAUAAUAAACUUUUAAAUUAAUGACACAAUUUUAAUUGUACUAUAAUAAAAAAAAACUGUAAAUAAUGACUACUUUAGGUAAUUCCAAAGAUGAUAAAAACUCUAUGUGUACAAUAUGUAAUGAGAAUCCACAGCAGUAUGCUUGUCCAAAAUGCAAUAUUUCUUACUGUUCCUUAAGCUGUUACAAGUCUGAAAAGCAUGAAGCCUGUUCAGAACUAUUUUAUAAAAAUUGGGUAGAAAUGGAAAUGAAAAUGCGAAACUAUGAUCCUGCGAAUAAAAAGAAAAUGUUGGACAUUCUGGAACGAUUAAAGCGUGAAACAGAAGAACCAAAUAUUUUAGAGAAAAUUCUUAAUGAUGAAGAAGAUGAAGAAGAAGAUUGCGAAGAAUUGGAUUCUGACGAUGAGGAUGGGCCUUCUUUAGAGGAGCGAAUUGCGAAUAUUGACCUGAAUAAUGCCGACGAAUUGUGGUCUUCAUUAACAAAUUCUGAGAGGCAAGAAUUCGAAGCAAUUAUUCAAAGUAAUAAUUUUGAUAAGAUUUUACCCGACUGGAUUCCCUGGUGGGAACAGUGUGUUGAUGAAAAAUUAGUACGAGAAGUUGGUGAAAUUCCACAAUAUGAGAAAUUAUGUCCUUCCUUAAUUUCCGUACCUGACAUGAACAAUCAAAUGAAAGUCUCUCCAUGUGUGCAGUUUAAUUUAAUAAACGUUCUGUGCUCCUAUGCAUACAUUGUGCUACAUUUCUAUGGUGAUCAUUCAAAUUCGCCAAAAUUGGCGUCACAAGUAUUUCUCUACGUCUGUGAAAAUAUAAACGAGAAAAAGAUUUUUCAAGAUGUGGACUCAGCCAGCAAUGCUGUAUUUCAUCGAAUUUUCGGAGAAACAUCUCCAAUGGGAACUGACGAAUUGACUACAAUUUCUGCUAUUAAAGAAGCUUUAGUUAAAAUUAUUCAAGGCCCUAAAGAAAGCUGUAGUUAUUAUGUACUGGCUGCUUUGUCUGAUUUACAUGCACUUUUCUCAAAAGCAAGGAAGGAGGCAAAUAAGUCAACGAAAUCAGAGUUUGACAAAAAAUUCCAGCAAUACGAGGAUAUAGAACGAGUAGACAUUUCGAAGAAGACCCUACAACUUCAUUUGAAGAAAAUUGAAUUUUACUUUUCUUGGGUUAAAUUGUUUGGAAAAAGUUUACAUGAAUUUGAAUUCAAUGUGGAAAAAUCUGAUGUAUAAUAAAUAUUUUUUUAAAAA